UAUGAAUUCAACGCACAAACCCAAACACAAAUACCAACUCACUCUCUCUCUCUCUCUCUUCUCUGAGUUACCAUCUCUGGCCUUCAAAAGCCUUUGUUUCAGCGCAGGAUCAAAAAGCACAGCUCUAACCCUAGGAGCAGGAGAGAGCUCUGAAGGUCUUCCAUAGUCCAUACUACUGGCCAACAAUGGGAAGGAGUUUAAGCCCAAUACUAAGGCGUGAAUUGGAAAAUCUUGAUAAAGAUGCUGAUAGUCGUAGAUCAGCAAUGAAAGCACUGAAAUCCUAUGUGAAAGAAUUGGAUUCCAAGGCAAUCCCAAUGUUUCUUGCCCAAGUUUCUCAAACUAAAGAAACUGGUUCUUUGUCGGGAGAAUGCACUAUUUCACUAUAUGAAGUUCUUGCUCGUGUUCAUGGUGUCAAGAUAGUACCUCUGAUAAACAGCAUCAUGGCCACCAUAAUCAAGACCUUGGCUUCAAGUGCAGGGUCUUUCCCUCUUCAACAAGCCUGCUCAAAGGUGGUCCCAGCUAUUGCUAGAUAUGGGAUUGACCCAACCACCCCUGAAGACAAGAAAAGGAACAUUAUUCAUUCACUCUGCAAUCCUCUGUCGGAUUCUCUCUUGGGUUCUCAAGAGAGCUUGACUUCUGGAGCUGCACUUUGCUUAAAGGCUCUUAUUGAUUCGGAUAAUUGGCGUUUUGCUGCAGAUGAGAUGGUUAAUAGAGUAUGCCAGAAUGUUUCUGGUGCUUUGGAGGAGAAGUCCACUCAGACAAAUGCACACAUGGGUCUGGUUAUGGCUCUUGCAAAACGCAAUGCUACAAUUGUUGAACCAUAUGCUAGGUUGUUGAUACAAGCAGGACUGCGGAUAUUGAAUGCUGGUGUAGUGGAAGGGAAUUCUCAGAAGCGGUUGUCAGCAAUUCAAAUGGUGAAUUUCUUGAUGAGAUGCUUAGAUCCUUGGAGCAUUCUCUCUGAGCUUGAGUUGAUAAUUGAAGAAAUGGAGAAGUGUCAAUCUGAUCAGAUGGCUUAUGUUAAAGGGGCUGCCUUUGAAGCUCUGCAAACUGCAAGGAGAAUAGGCGCAGAUAAAGGCUCAAAACUUGAAAAAGGUCCUGGUUCUGUCUGUGGGUCAAAUUUUAUUAGGAGAGGCCACAGCAGGAGGAGAAACCUAUCAAGUGCCAGUGAUCAAUCUCCUGCAUCAAUGUCACCCGAGUCACAGACCCUUGAUUCCUUUGUUGAAUAUGAAUCAUUGGUUGAGUCACCUAUUUCAAUGAGUCAGGCUUCUCAAAAUUCAAUUUAUGAUUGUAGGAGUGUAAACCGGAAGCUUUGGAGUCGUGAGAAUGGAGUAGUUGAUGUGUCUCUCAAGGAUGGCUUGUUCUCAGAAAUUGCUCGGGGUAGUGCGUACUCGAAUGGAUAUCCAGAGAACUCUGGGAAUAAUGAAUUCAUCAAAUGCGAAGGAGAUUGCACAGAGGAAUUUGCAGGGUUCCUGCAAAGAAAUCCUAGGAAUGGAGCAUCAAGAAGCACCACAACCAGUCCUCUGAGGUCGCGCACUCCCAUCAAUGUUGACAACAUCAUCUUCAACACUCCUAGGAGGCUUGUUCACUCUCUUCAGGAUCCAAGUAAUGUCUACUCUAAGUCCUCUGAGAAACGAGCCAGAAGAUUUAGAAGUUUAUCCAUGAGCGAAUUUGAUUGGAGCCCAAAUGCCAGAUAUGACCAAGAAGGCUAUUCACAUGGUGUGAACUAUGAAUGCGGAGAGAAUGGGAGCUUCUAUGCUGGUGAUGAGCAAUUUCAAGGUGGCCCUGAAUCGGUAUCAUCAACAGAUGGCAUUCCUGUGGAUGCUGAUUUGCAGGCGUCUCAGGAGGUCGUUCCAGAAAAUGAAACAGAAAUUCAAAUCUCUGGCAUAAAAAGUGCCCGUCGAAAGGUUGCUGUGAAAUUGUUGUGUGGACUUUCGUUCGCACUACUUGCAGUAGCUAUGCCACUACUUUGGAUUAAUGAUCAAGGUGAAAGGCAUGAAGGUUAUUAUCUUGUUCCAACUUAAUGUGCUCGUUCUCUUCUUCCAACGUCGUUACUCAAUUUGAUGUAUCAAAUUCUUUUGAUGAAGUAGGCAACGGUAGACAAGAGAAUCUCUCUGUAUCUUUUGUAACACUAGAAUUUUACCAUCACAACUAGACGUGGAUGUUCAAUGUACUGAAAAGAAUCAAAAGAAUUUGUGUUCUUGGGGAAAUGUUUAUCGUUUAUUGCUUUUGA